UGUUUUCAAAGUUUUUGGUAUGUUAGAAAAAAAGGACGACGAUGUUGUGCUGAUGGCUAAUAAACUGUUGAAAAUCCAAGAUAUACAAGGCAGUGUGAAUACGUUAUCGUUGCUGUCUGCAAUAGUCAGACCUAUGCUUUAUCAGUACAAGGAAGUAAAAUAAAACAGAAGCAAGAUAUUUGAACAAACUCUCUUUUUACAUAUAUUUUAAAAGCAAAUGUUAAGAUCUGUUCUCUGGGCUCGCAGACCAUUAUUCAACAAUAUGAGUGUUUUUAUACAGUGCUUGAAUCCCCUCACGGGGCUUCAGACAUGGCAGGAGCAAGAUGAAUAUUAUGAUUAUCAUCAAGAAGUAGCCAGGUCUGCGUUCGCAGACAUGCUGCAUGAUCACGAACGAAAUGAAAAGUAUUACAUUGCUCUUAAAGCCGCUAUUGAGAAAAAGCAUCAGGCUGGAGAAGAGGCUAACGUGCUGGAUAUUGGCACCGGGACUGGCUUGCUGUCGAUGAUGGCUGCUAAAUGUGGAGCAGACACUAUAACUGCGUGUGAAGCUUUCACACCCAUGGCCGACUGCGCUGCUCAAAUAAUAAAAGAGAACGGCUUCGAGGACAAAAUCAAAUUGAUCCGUAAGCGCUCCACGAAGAUGACAGUCGGAAAGGAUGGUGACAUGGCAAAGCGGGCGAAUAUCCUGGUCACCGAAGUGUUCGAUACAGAGCUGAUCGGCGAGGGGGCGUUGUCGACCUUUCGUCACGCUCGCGAAGUUCUUCUCGAGAGAAACAGCAUAGUCGUGCCGCACAGUGGAACAGUAUGGGCGCAGGUGGUCGAGAGCGCCAAAGUCUGCGCUUGGAAUCGAGUGAGGCCCAUCGAGAGUGAGGCAACGCUGGUCGACGCUCCGGCUACCAUCCAAGCAUGUUCCGGCGCGGCAGCGGUGCACGAUAUGCAGCUCUCUCAUUUCCCUCGCAAUGAUUUUGUCCCCUUGUUAGAACCGCAGCCUAUUUUCAGGUUUGACUGGUCCAGCAAGAAACCCUUGUUGUACAAUGAGAAAGCACUGCUGCGCGUGCAACCGAUCGCGAGUGGGACCGCGCACGCAAUUUUUAUGUGGUGGGAUUUGAACAUGGAUCCAGAUAACGAGGUGUUGUUGAGUUGUGCGCCUGUAUGGGAGCACCCAGAUGUUCCUGAUGAUGUCAGGGAAAAUAAUCUGCGCCUGCAGAAGAUGGCGGACUUGAUACCCUGGAGAGAUCACUGGAUGCAGGCUGUCUAUUAUCUUCCGGAGGAAGUGCCCAUCACACGUGGCGUCGAAAUCAAUCUUGUUGGCUACCACGACGAGUAUUCUUUCUGGUUUAAGUUGUUGAAUGGAUCCAUAGAUGAAAUUCCGGAUUCCCCGAGGCCUGUUUGCACGUGCUACGCACACGUUGCGUACUCGCGGACGCGUAUCGGUCAAUUAAAUGAUUCGAGUCGCAAUCGAAAGUACCUGCAGGCCUUACGGAAGAGAAUCACUCCGAACAGUGUCUGUCUCUGCCUUUCGGAUGGUUGUUUGUUGGCCCUCGCGGCCGCGAGGAUGGGCGCAAGGGUGUACCUGCUCGAGGAGAAUUUCUUAUCGCGCAGGACUAUGGAGAUGUUCGUACAGGCGAACAAGCUCUCGGAGAAGGUCAAGAUCGUCGAGUCGGUCAACGAUCUGUUGAAAACGGGCGAGGACUUCGAUCUCAUCUUCGGCGAGCCGUAUUUUAUCAGCUCAAUUGUACCGUGGGAGAAUCUGCGAUUCUGGUACCUGGCCUCCAAGUUUCCUUCGAGCAUCCCGAGGAUGCCGAUCGCGGCGACGAUCAAGGCGGUCGCUGUCGAGUUCAAGGACUUGCAGAAAAUCAGGGCGCCUCUUGGGAUCUGCGAGGGUUUCGAUUUAUCCUCUUUCGAUGGAUUGGUGCAAAUGUCCAGCGAUAGAACCGACCCUCCUAUCGAAGCGCAGCCACUUUGGGAGUACCCUUGCAAAGCGUUAUCCGCGCCCUUCGAGAUCGUAAGGUUCGAUCUUACGCAGAAAGUGAAUUUCGACGAGAGCUUCCAAGUGUCGGAUAACAUUUCGAUUGCAGUCGAUGGAUCCUGCAAUGGUGUCGCCGUAUGGGUGGAUUGGCAAUUGGAUUCCGAGAUCUCCGUGUCUUGUGGUCCGAUUGAAGAAGUGGUGCCUGGUAAGCGCGUGUCCUGGGAUCCUUACACGCGGCAAGGCGUACAUUUGUUUCGCAGAAUAACAAAUGUCAAAAAAGGAAAUACGCUUUCAUGGGUGUUUGUUUUGGACUCGUUGCGUAGCGAAGUAAAACUUGACUUCAGCUUGUUGACAGAUAUUUGAACAUUUAUGAUAUAUUAUUACAAUGUAAAAAUAGAAUAAAGUGUGUGAUUUCGA